AUGGUUUCAUACGUUAGAGGUCCAGCUUACAAAGCUCUUUCACAUUUUGGAAAAUUAAACCCACCAUUGGUCAGGGCUUACAUUCCUGAUUUGAUCUUUUGGGGUGGUGCUGCUGCUGGUGGAAUUGCCGCAUUUACUGAAGGUUGGCCAUUAUUUCAACAAACUUUUUACGACAAGAUUCCGUACUUUGGUCAACACUGGAUAAACAAUCCUGAUCCAGAAGAUGUUCCAGUUUAA